AUGUUUAUUAGUAUAUCAGAUAUAAAUCUAUUUCAACUUGAAACUAUUAAUGAUUUUGUUACACAUUCUCUUGUAACAAGUGAACAAUUAAAACAAUUAUUUGAUGAUAAUCAAGGAAAUAAUCCACUUCCAGUUCAACUCGAACAAUUUGUUCUCGAUCAUAUACUUAAAUUAAAUGCGAAUAAAUUUAAACGUGAAACAUAUCGUGAUGAAUCACUUGUGGAUUUAUAUACAUCAAUUUUAAGUGAUCUACUUCGUUUAAAAUAUACUCCAAAACAAAUUCUUUGUAUUCUAACAUUAAUACAUGGUCUUCUAUGUCAAAUUGAACGAACGGAAAAAAGUCAUCCUAUGAAAUUAAAUGAAGCAUUUAUACAUUCAUGUUCUAUACUAAUGGGUGAAAAAACGGCGAAAAAAUCGGUUGUGUUUAAUUCACAUUUGUAUCCUCAAGUAAUUGAUUAUAUUAUUCAAAUUAUUUUUCAACAUCGACAUCUCUAUGAAACAUUACUCGAUGAAAAACCUCAAGAAAUUGAACAAAUUGAAGAAAAUAGAACAAUUGAUUUUCAUCUAUUCGAACUACCUCUCUUUCCUUAUCCACUUACAGAAGCUCUUCCUGAAUCCGUUCAUCGUGAAGUUAUUCUCAAAAUUCCAACAAUUAAUGAAACAACUGAUAAUGAUCAAGCUUCAAAUGUAUCAUUACCAGUUACAAAAGUUCCUGAGGAAGAUUCAAGUCUUGACCUUAUUGGUAUGAUUGACAAUAUUAAUCGUCAAUAUCCAAAUGUCUCACGUGAACAAAUUCAACAAAUAUUUGCUGAAAAAAAGAAACUUCACUCUUAUUAA